AUGUGGAAACAGUUCCUGACCAAGCUGCCUAAGAAGUCCUCUGCCUCCGGGAAGGGUGACCCUGGCUCAGGCUCUAGUCCGGGACGCAAUGAUGCUGGGAACGGGGGCACGAUACAGCGCACUAGCAGCUGCCCCGGCGCCGGGCCUGCCCGUCCGGUGUCCAGCGUGAAGCGCAUGUCGUCUGCGGUCUUCCCUUCUAGCGUGGUGGCUGGCAUUGAGCCGCUUGUGUCGUUCAAGGAUGUCCCGAACGGGGAGAAGCAGAACCUGUUCGUCAGCAAGGUGAGCCUUUGCUGCGUUGUCUUUGAUUUCUCGGACCCCAACAAGAACUCUGCGGAGAAGGACUUCAAAAGGCAGGCAUUGCUGGAUCUUAUGGACUAUGUGGAUUCUGCAUCCUCCCGUUUCACGGAGACAAUGGUUGCUGCCUGCUGUAGAAUGUUUACCAUCAACCUGUUCAGGGUCUUCCCUCCCAAUUACCUUUCUGGUUCGUCCGGCUGUGGCGAGGGUGAAGAGGAGGAGCCAAUGUUUGACCCUGCAUGGCCCCAUCUGCAUCUUGUGUAUGAUCUGCUACUGAAAUUUAUUGGCUCCUCAUCUCUGGAUACGAAGGUAGGAAAGAAAUAUUUUGACCACACAUUCAUCGUGAAGCUACUCGAACUGUUCGAUUCUGAGGAUCCAAGAGAAAGGGAUUGCUUGAAAACAAUAUUGCAUCGAAUCUAUGGAAAGUUCAUGGUGCACCGUCCCUUCAUCCGCAAAGCAGUGACCAAUAUAUUCUACCACUUCGUGUUUGAGACUGAUUGCCAUAAUGGUAUUGCUGAACUACUGGAGGUUUUUGGUAGUGUUAUUAGUGGCUUUGCAUUGCCUCUGAAGGAAGAACACAAAAUCUUUCUUUGGAGGGUUCUAAUUCCUUUACACAAGCCAAAAUCAGUUGGUUUGUAUCUGCAGCAGUUAACCUACUGUGUGACCCAGUUUGUAGAGAAGGAACCAAAGCUUGCAAGUUCAGUGAUACUUGGUCUGCUCAGAUACUGGCCAAUAACAAAUAGCCAGAAAGAAGUAAUGUUUCUGAGUGAGAUUGAAGAGGUCCUGGAGGCAACCAACUCAGUUGAAUUCCAGAAGUGCAUGGUUCCGUUGUUCAGACGAAUUGCUCAAUGCAUCAACAGUUCCCACUUCCAGGUUGCAGAACGAGCACUCUUCAUGUGCAACAAUGAUCACAUCAUCAGCUUGGUUGCACAGAAUCGGCAAGCAAUCAUGCCCAUCGUCACCCCAGCAUUAGAAGAGAAUAUCCAGAGCCACUGGAAUGUAUCAGUCCUAAACCUGACAACCAACGUGAAGAAGAUGCUGUCAGAAAUGGAUGAGGAGCUCUUCUCAGCCUGCCUUGCCACACACAAGGAAGCCGAAGAGAUGCGAGCGCUGCUGGAAGGUAAACGUAGGCUGGCCUGGGAGCUGCUAGAGUCUGCAGCGGCGUUCCAGCCAGUGACAGGCAACACUGCCGUCCUGGUGAGUCGCUAG